UGCAAGCAUAACCAUGGCCGCUACUGACUUCAAGACGCACUUUAUCGAGGCGGCGAUCGCGAGCGGCGUGCUGCUGUUUGGCGAGUUUACGCUCAAGUCGGGCCGCAAGUCGCCCUACUUCUUCAACGCGGGCCUGCUGUACGACGGCAAGCUCCUCUCGUCGACGGCCGAGGCGUUCGCGUCGACCAUCCAGUCGUCCAUCCCGGCCUUCGACGUGCUCUUCGGCCCGGCGUACAAGGGCAUUCCCCUGGCCGCUGUGACGGCCGUCGCGCUCGCCAACCGCGGCGUGGACACGGUGUACACUUACAACCGGAAGGAGAAGAAGGACCACGGCGAGGGCGGCUCGCUCGUCGGCGCCGGCCUGGAGGGCAAGCGCAUCGUGGUCAUUGACGACGUCAUGACUGCCGGCACGGCGAUCCGCGAGAGCAUCGCGAUCAUCAAGGAGCAGAAGGGCACGCUUGUCGGCAUCGUCCAGCUCGUCGACCGCCAGGAGCGCGGCAAGACGGGCGACAGCAGCACCAUCCAGGAGGUCGAGCGCGAGUUCGGCAUCCCCGUCGUGCCCAUCAUCAACUUGACCGACAUCAUCGCGUACCUCAAGAACAAGGGCGGGUACGAGGCCCAGGUUAAGGCGAUUGAGGAGUACCGUGCCCAGUACGGCGUCGUGGUUUAGAAGAGCGGAUAAGGUGUAGCUAGAGAUGGACUAGUUGGGCUGCGUUGGACUGGUUCUGGUUCUGGUGGCACUGGGCAGGGGCAGGAAGGACGAGCCAGUUGAACCUCGCGACG